AAACGAAAUUUGUCCGGAGCAGCAGCACACACACACAAAUGUGGUCACUCACCGGCUGGCCAACACACACAGACAUGCAUGUCUCUCUCGGGGAGAAAACCGCCGCCAACGAUGUGCAGACGGAGAAGCAAACAAUCGGGCGAGAGUCUGUACUUAGACUUGUCGCCGCCUGCCCGCCUUCCUGCUCACUGCUCACUGCCUGCCUCCAUACUGAGCGAUCGUCCACUAUCCAUCACUUGUCGAUCCCAGUGACUUCACUAUCUACUCGUUACAAAACCCCAGCCACUGGGAUCACUCGUGUGCAAUACAUAAGGCGGAGAGCGCAAAUGUGAGGAGCCAAGGCAGGGAUGGACACACUAAGCAGACGCAAGCACACAGACAGACCUUUUCCCAGGAAUGAAGAGAGGGCGGCGAGGAGGGGGUAAUAAAAGCAGACGACACACGUGUGGCCGCGUCAUGCACACACACACACACACACACACGCGCACACGCACAGACAGAAGACACACACAAGACGAGGCAAGAUAGAGCCAAAACAAAGGGAAGAGCGGAGAGAAAGGAUAGACUCUGAGGCACAACGCCCCGGAUUGGAUGGAAUGGAUGGCUGAUUGCGUGGCGUCACUGGCUGUUGCCUUCACUUCGCACCGAGAAGGGAGCCAGCCCACCACACACAUACCUCACAUACGAAAAUGGUGCAUGUGGAAAAAAGCGGAAAAGGCCCUACACGGGACAGCAGGAGACAUAUGAACGCGCCCUACUAAUAAGCCAGCCAGCUAACGGCAUGCACGUUAUGUGGCCGUCCCUCUCCGUCGCUCAUUCACUCGGCGUUGGCCAUGGCGAUGACGACCGGGAUGAUCCGCUGCAUUUCCUUCUCCUUCGCCGCCUCGAGGAUAGCGCUAGAGCCACUGCCAGACUCAGUCUUGUCGCUCGCAAAGACUUCGGCAUUGGCGGUGGCCGUGGCCGUGGCCGUGGCAUCAGCGUUGGCCUCCUGCUGGCCGCCUGUUGACUCGUUCAACACCUCGCUCAUCACCUCCUGCACAUCCACCGCCAAGGCAAAGAUCGGCCAGCUCAGAGGCCAUCUAUGGAUCUGUGUGUGUGCGUGCGAAAAGGUGGGAGAGCCGGACCUGCGUGACGGUGACCACAGGACCCUCCUGGGUGAUGUCCGCCGACACAUUCUGAUGCAGCAAACACACAGCAUGGCAAGGGGGCAUGCAGCAGAACCACAUGAAGCGACACAGCUACGCAAAACAGCUCACCGGCUUGAUAUAGAUGUUGUUUUCGUUAAUGUCCUCGUUGACGACGUCCUUGGUGAGAGUCACGUUAACGGCAAUCUUCUCGUCCUGCACACCACACCACACCACACCACGUCACAUCUCCAUCUGUCUGUCUGUCUGGCUGGUGAGCGUCUGGUGUCCCCGGGGUGCCCGGCUGACCUUCUUGAGGAAAUCGAGAGGGUCGUGCAUGUAGGCAAUCAUGUCUUCCAUCAUCUUCAUCGGGCUCUCGCUCUCGCCGCUCUCAUCGCCGCCGCUCAUGAAGGUCUUGACGGGGUUGAGGCGCGGACUCUUGUGCGAGUCGACCUUGCGCUCCAUGUUGCUGUGCACAGCCGAGCGGCGGGGCUCCGUCGACUUCUUCUCCUUGUCGCCCUCGCUGUUGGUGUUCGUGCCAUCCGCGUCCUUCUCGGCCUCUGAAUCAAUCAAGACAGGAAUGACACACAGGGAAGGGAGACCAAGGCGUAUGAUUUAUGUGGCGUGUGCGUCUCGUGCGUGUGUGUACUGUACGUGUACCUACCUGCUUUGAGCCUCUUAUGGCUGGCGAUGCCCAUCGCCUGCAUCCUCAGUGCGCCUUUCGCGAUGAGCUCGGAGACCUCGCCGGUGACCUUGGCACCGAAGGUCUCCUUGUAAGCCCUGGUCCAGAUGUUGUCCGCCUCAGCCUCGCGCUUAUGCACCAGGAGCUUGGCCUUGCUGCUCAUGGCAGGGGAGUCCUUGCCGAACACGUCCUUGAGUAUGGCGGCCGCAUCCGGGGACCACAGGAACUGGUCGAGGGGGAGGUUGUCGCGCUUCGCGAACCACGAGGCGGCGUCGAGUGUGAGGGGCAUGACGUCCUUUUUGGCGAUGCUGAGGUCCUCCAGCUGAUGCACGGCCUUUGCCAAGGACCCCUCCGUGACGUCGUUCAGGAGCCUCUCCAGCGCUGAGGCCUUGUGGUCGGCCGUGAGAGCCUUCGCCCCCAGCAGGGAAUCCAGGAGCCCCUCGAGGAACGACUUGGAACCCUGACUAGAUGCAGCUGCAGCAGCGGCAGCAGCAGCGUCAGCAGCAGCGUCAGCGGCGGCGUCGGCCAGGCCGCCGAAAGACUGGCUGUCGCCAGUUGUGCCGUUGAUCUGCAGACAUGACGUCCACGCGCACACAGAUGGACAGACUCAGGCGUGUGCGUGGUGGUGGUGGGGUGUGGGGGCUCACAUCAACAUCGCCGGUGGAAGCCGUGAUAUCGGCUCUGUAUUCGGCGGUGUUCUCGAUAGGGAUGGAGAUGUUGACCUGCUGGACCGUCUGCAAGAGGCAAGCAAACACAACGGUGACGACAUAUGCUUGUUCGACGCACGACGCACCGUAUCAGAGUUAUUGAAGAAGUCAUUGACAUCGAUGUCGACAACGUCGUUCUCUAUGUCCUUUUUGAUUUUGUUUGAAUUCUCUCCCAGUGCCGACGACAUGAGGAGAAAACCGAGCAGGGCGCCGAGCAUAACGUGAUCCAUUUUGUCCACGAGCUCAGGCCACGCAAAGCAAGGAGUCGACACUCGAGAACGCCCUUUCGUACACAAAAUAAGGC